GAAGGGGGCCAGUAGCCUGGCCAGCCCCAGCCCGUGGCCCCUCGGGUCACCGUGCCCUACAAGCCCUUCUCCCCAAAGACACAUUCCAGAAAUCGCACUCUUAGCGGACAGGAGCCCUGGAUCCCAGACCUGAACCAGCGAAAACUCCCCCUGAAUCAUGGGUGAGACGUUCUCCCAGUCAGGCUCUCGGGAGGAGAACAAGUCAAUCCUGCCUCCCAGCCCGGCGUUUGGCAGCAAGGCUAUCUGCUACUCCAGCACCCGAAGCAGCAAGUCUUUUUGUUCCCGCCUGCCUUGUGACGGGGCUGCCAGUGCCAGCUUUGUGACUUGUCCCACCUGCCAGGGCAGCGGGGAGAUCCCGCAAGACCUAGAGAAGCAGCUAGUGGCCCUCAUCCCCUAUGGGGACCAGAGGCUGAAGCCCAGGCGCACGAAGCUCUUCGUGUUCCUGGCAGUGUUCAUCUGCCUUGUGAUCUCCUCCCUCAUCAUCUUUUUCCUGUUUCCCCGGUCCAUCGCUGUGCAGCCCGCGGGCCUCAACUCCUCCACGGUGGCCUUUGACGAGGCUGACAUCCACCUCAACAUAACAAAUAUCUUAAACAUCUCCAAUAGCAACUACUACCCCAUCACUGUGACCCAGCUGACCAUAGAGGUUCUACACUUGUCCCUCGUGGUGGGGCAGGUCACCAACAGCCUCCUCCUCCACAUCGGCCCUUUGGCCAGCGAACAGAUGUUUUAUGCAGUGGCCAACAAAAUCUGGGAUGAAAACACAUACAAAAUCUGUUCCUGGAUGAAAAUCAAAGUCCACCACGUGCUUUUGCACAUCCAGGGCACCCUGACCUGUUCCUGCCUGAGCCAUUCAGAGCAGCUAGUCUUCCAGAGCUAUGAAUACGUGGACUGCCGGGGAAACACGUCGGUGCCCCACUUGCUGGUCCCUCACCCGCCAUGACCUGUCCGCUGUUCCCGAACCCCAGGCCCCCGCCACGCUGGGCUGUGUCUCCCUGAGCCCAAGGAAGGACUACAGCGACUUUGCCAAAGGAAAAACACUGCUUUACUCUACCUCCUCCCCACCACACACACACACACACACACACGCUCAGCACAGGAAGCCCUAUGUAAAAGUCAACUGUACACACACACAUGCACGCAUGCACGCACGCCUCUCACGUCCUCUGACUUCCACAGGAAAAGAAGUCUGGUUCUUCUAGGGCCCAGCGCCAGGCUUUCCCCUUGGUCUGUCCUGAGGAAAGUCUGACCUGAUGUGUCUUCAGAGCUGCCUUAGAGUCCCUGGAGUGGCAUCUGCUUUCUGUACUGAGCACCGUGGUUGCCUAGCCCCUCUGGGGCUGACCUCCCUCCCGCCUGAAGGGAGAAAUCUUUCCUUUUAUCUGGCUUUUAAAACCUGGAUCUUUUUCACGUUCUCCACCCAGUGGUGGGAAACUGACUUGAGGGACAUCCAUGCUGUCUCGUGCCUUCCUGCUUUGGUCAUGUGACAGAGUGGUGGUGCUGGUCAGCUUCUCUCCUGGUAACUUGGGCCCUGACAGUGAGGUUGGCUAAGGCCCUUUGGCUCGGCAGCCUCCCUGAUUAAAGACUGUCCCAGUUCCUAGGAAGACAGAGCUAUUCUCUGGCUAAAGCUUCUCUCCAUAAAAAUCGUUUUCUUAUUCUCAUCACAGCAGGAGUGAACGUAGUAGUGGGGGAGCGAGAGAGGCAUCUGGCACCCCCUCCGCCUCUCCAGGAAAAACAGAGAUGAAGCCAGAGUCAUUCAGGAAGUUAUUUAUUGAAGUUAGGCUUCUGGCUGGUGGUCGGCCCACAGC